AUGCAACAAUGCAUAGAUCUAUUUGAGCUUAUUGCUACUACUCAUUCCAUGUUUUCAUCAGAAAGAGUGGUGCCUCCAAAAGCAGUGGGAAUAUAUAAAUUAGACAGCACAGCAUCUACCAAUGCCCAAAUAGCAGCAUUGACAAAACAAGUAGAGUUAUUGGUAAAGUCACAAACAAAAGGAGCACAUGCAGUGAUAGCCAAUCCAUCAUACGAAAACUGCGGAGCUAAUCAUCUAACAAAAAAUUGCACAUCUUUGGGCUAUUCAGAUGAACAAAUCAACUUCAUUCAAAAUGGCUCUCGAAAUUUUAAUCAUUUUUCACAAACAUAUAACCUAGGAUGGAGACAACACCCAAACUUCAGAUGGUCGGAUAAUCAGCAAGGAAACAGUUCAAACAAUGCACAACAGGAGAAAAAGCCAAGUUUAGGGGAGAUGUUCAGCCAGUACAUGCAGAACACAGACAAGGUGUUCCAACGGAUUGACACUAACUUUCAAAAUCAGCAAGCAUCCAUUAAGAAGUUGGAAACUCAAAUUGGCCAGAUAGCUCAACAGCUUGCAGAACGCCCACAAGGGACAUUGCCAAGCAACACAAUGGUCAAUCCAAAAGAGCAAGUGCAAGCUAUAACAACUAGAAGUGGAGUGCAACUUCCAGAGAUACAUGUGAAGAGACCAGACAGAAAAGACAAAGAAGUAAUCGGUGAAGAGGCUGGAACAGAAGCAGAGUCUCACUAUGCUAAAUUCUUGAAGAAGAUCCUGUCUAACAAAAGAAAGCUAGAAGAACAUGAGAUAGUCUGCAUGAACGAGGAGUGCAGUGUCCGUGUUAAUUUGAUGACCCUCUCUGUUUACAGGUUUCUUGGAUUGGGAGAAGCAAAAUCUAUAACAAUCUCAUUACAACUGGCUAAAGAUCAAUCAAACAACUGA